AUGACAUACCCACACAAUGCCUUUUAUAGAACGUGGAUUCUCUUCCUCUUGAUCGCAAUCGGUCUCCCUGUAACGCAUGCAACCCAUCCUCAGCAACCGUUGAAUGUCGUCACAAAUGCUCCCGCAAAGCGGGUUGCUAUCGUCGGGGCCGGUGCUGGAGGCUCUUUCGCAGCGUACGAGCUUCGUAAGCUCGCAGAUGAGGCUGAGAUAACCCUCAACGUCACUGUCUUCGAACGUGAAUCGUAUAUUGGCGGACGUUCUACCACAGUCAAUGUCUUCGAUGAUCCAGCUUAUCCUAUCGAGCUUGGCGCUUCAAUCUUCGUCCAGGUGAAUCAGAACCUGGUCAACGCUACAAGAGAUCUAGGUCUGUCUAUGAACGCCGCAAAUCAUGGUCGGCCACGAGAGAGCGAGGAUUCUAUCGGUAUCUGGGACGGGAAGCAGUUUGUUUUCACAUUGAAGGACUCGUACAGCUGGUGGAACAUCGGCAGACUGUUCUGGCGAUACGGAUUCGCUCCGUUGCGUACGCAGAACCUCAUGAAAAAGAUUGUGGGCAAGUUCCUUCGUCUAUACGAGGACCCUUUCUUUCCUUUUGAAUCGCUCUCCGAAGCAACUGCGCUCGUCGAUCUCCUCGAGGAGACUUCAUCGACUGGGGACGAGUUUCUGGUCAAAAAUAGAGUAUCAUCCCGGUUUGCUCGAGAGAUCAUCCAAGCAAGCACACGGGUCAAUUACGGCCAGAACCUGCCGUUGAUUCAUGGUCUGGAGACCAUGGUCUGUAUGGCGACCGACGGUGCCGUGUCCAUUGAGGGAGGCAACUGGCGAAUCUUUGAUGGCGCGAUCAAGGCCGCCAGGGCUGACUGUAGGUUGCAUACAACCGUGACCGAGGUGGUUCGCAAUGCGGACGGCACUAUGCGUGUUACGGCACAGUCGAAAGGUGGCCUUGGGAAGGAAGGUUCAAGUGAUGACUUCGACGAAGUCAUCAUUGCCGGUCCUUUGCAGUAUUCGGGCAUCUCAAUUACACCACCGCUAGAGCACGUACCGGAUGAGAUCCCCUAUGUCAAUCUGCACGUCACUCUGUUUGCGUCACCUCAUUCGAUUUCUCCGAAACGUUUUGGAUUCGCUGAAAAUGAACGAGCCGUGCCGGAAACAAUCCUAACCACUCUUCCGGAGGGAGCAGACCUUGGCCAAAAUCCGUACGGUGUUGGUCCCGCUGAAUUUUGGAGUAUCAGCACGCUUCAAACGGUGCAGCGAACAACAGUUGAAGAUGGGCAGGAACUGUCGCAGCUUCACUACGUGUACAAAAUCUUCUCGCCUGAGCGUCCAACAGCCGAGUUCCUCGCGCAAGUUCUCGGCAUUGAGUACUCACCAAGCACUGACUCGGCAAAAGGUCAUUCAGCAAACACCACCAUCGGUGACCUGCCCAGCUCGGAAAUCAGUUGGUACUAUGAGAAGUUUUGGAAUCCGUACCCCCUUUUGUAUCCGCGAGUGACCUUUGAAGACAUUCGCCUUGCCCCUGGUGUCUGGUACACCAGCGGCAUCGAGAGCUUCAUCUCGACUAUGGAGACCAGUGCUUUGAUGGGCCGGAACGUUGCCCAUCUGAUUUUCAAUUCAUGGAAAGACCAAGCUGAGUCUUUAUGA